AUGUGCGGUGCCAGGCCGAAGCUACGCAGCGCAAAGCCGCUGGUGAUCAAGCACACGGCGGCCGUCAGCGCGCUCACCAGGCGCAGUCAAUGGGCGCAAGCGCUCAGUCGCUUUGGAACGGCCUUCGGCGAAAGAGGCCUCUCGCCGGAUGCGCCUGCGCUGGGCGCUGGACUCGCCGCCUGUGCCAAGGGGGCACAGUGGGCCCAGGCCUUGCACCUUUUCACGUCGGCGGCUGUGAAAAACGCAGCCUGCUUCGGCACGCUCCUCCACGCCUUCGCCUCGGCAGCGCGGUGGCAUGAGGCCCUUUCAUCGCUUGCGGCUGCGGAGGAUCCGGAUAUUGUGGCCUUCAACACCACUAUCAAUGCCUGCACCCGUGGUGCUGCAUGGCCCGCAGCGCUGGGCGUCUUCGCCGAAGCUGAGGCAAGGAGGUUGCCGGCAACCAGCGUCACCUACAACACGACAGCCACGGCUUGUCUCCGUGGCAGCCUCUGGCAUGUUGCCAUGGAGCUGGCACGGCGUGGCGAGGAAGUGGAAGCCGAAGGCGCCAGCCCGGCCUCGCUCGGAGCCGCCCUGGCAUCGUGUGAGCGGGCCAGCCUCUGGGACAAGGCGAUAUGGCUUCUCUACAAAGCUGGGUCCACAGAUUCCUGGGAUGUAGCAGCUGGGGGAUCGGCCGUUGCCAGCUGCGGUGCCUUGCAGUGGGCGCAGGCUUUGUCUCUCUUUGAGACCCUCUCCAGCUACGCUCUGGUGGACUAUGUCACCCGGAGCAGCCUAGUGACGGUUUGCCGACGGGCCUGGCAGUGGAGAACUGCUGCGGCCCUGGCGGCUUCGCCGGCUGCGGACCCUGCGACCAUCGCUCUGGGCAUCGACGUCUGCGAGGCAGCUCAAGCUCCAAGCUCCCACCGGCAAAGGCUGCGGCGCUGCCUAAUCCGCCGUGCUCUGGGCACCACGGCCAAAGACCCAGGUGCCAUUCGCUACGGCGAGCUGGUGACGGCCUCCGGCACUCUCCAGCUGGGCGCGAUUCUGGCCGGUCGGCGCUUGCUGGAUCGCCGCAUUUACGAAGUGGUGCAGAGCGCUCUGCACAGGUUGCCAUUCGAUGUUCAGCUUCGCACGAAGUAUCCAGACGCGAAGCUUGCCACGGAUGAAGCCUGCAGUGCUCGGGCCUGCCAGCGCUUACUUGGUGGAAGACGUUCAUUUGCUACACUGGCGGUCCGAAACGCUGCAACGAGUGUCCGAUUGCUACGUGACGGAGGGCGCCAGCUUGUCACUUCUUCUUACCUGGUGUCUUAUGGGGAUUCGCGGGACGUCGUGAACCAGAAGAACCGGGAGUUGCGUAGCCGGCUCGCCUCAAUGCCGUGGCCACGACUCACAUCCAUUGAAUUGGCGGGCAAGGAUUACGCCCUCCCUUGGAAGUUUAGCAAGGAGUUUGUUGACACAGAUGCGCAGCGUCUCACAAACAGGGAACAGAACACGGAGUACCUGGCCGGUUUUUUCGACGGGGAUGGAUGUGCCAGAUGUACUACCCCUCUAACUGGUGUCGAGCUGACUGUUGAACAAGCCGUUGAUGGGGCUCAGGUCCUUCUACAGUUUGGAAGCACUUUUGGUGGAAGCAUGCGUCGUCAACGCGAUGGGCACGGACUUGUAAAGCCAACUAUGGCUUGGACCAUCUUUGGAACCACUGCUCGUGACGCUGCAAGCCGCCUGGCCGAGUGCAGCAUCACCAAGAGACGCCAACUAGAAAUUGUUGCGAACUGGCCUGAAGCUGCAGCAACCAGAGAGUCCUGCGACAGAGAGCUGAGAAUGCUCAAGCGCUGCGAUUCGGGCACAGCCGGCAAUGUUUCCUGGAGAUACUUCGCUGGUUUCUUCGAUGCUGAGGGCUGCAUUAGAUGCCCCGGGGGCGAGUGUCUCCAACUGCGCGUCGGACAAAAGUACAUCACAGUGCUGAACUGCCUGCAAACUUUUUUGCAUCGCGAGAUCGGCUCGCAGGGAAGCAUCGUGAAGUGCUCUAGAUCCUACUUUGAGUUGAUAGUAAGCACCACCUCAACGUGCAAACUCAUCCUGGAAAAACUGCUGCUGGUUGGUAUGGCUCGGAAAGCUGCUCAAGCAGAACUGGCCUUGAGUCUCAAUCGUCAAAACACAGCGCAAGUUCGGUCUGCCAUGAAGAAGCUGGUUGGCAAUCAGAUGUUCGGCAGGAAUCUGGACGGUGAUGGGCAGGAGAGAGCCAGAACGAUCAGAAACGCACAACAGCAGGUGAUGCGCUUGAGGCAACGGGGGCUGCAGGAAGCAGCGGAUGCCUUGUUUGCACAAGUCGAGGUAUUGAAGACUGAGCAUGGCUUGCUGAAAGCGCAAAACGAGAACCGACAGCUGCAGGAGUACAUGCACAAACUCGAAAGCAUGACCGCUGAUUUCCAAAAAGUGUGGAGCUCCUAUCGCUGCUUCGGCGGCGCGAGGACCAUUCGUUUGCGUGUAAGCAGCGUUCGCGACGAGCUCCGUAGCCUCCGCGAGGAGCGCACCGCGAAGGCCCGUGAAGGGGCCCUGGAGGCUAAGGGUUUGGCAAGCUUCAGGCUGAACAAGACCGAAGGCGGACUGCAGACGAAGUGGCCAUCCUGA